UAAAACUUAAAACUUUGAAAAGAAAUAAAAAAAAAGAAGAAAAAAUUACUCAAAAGAGAAAGAGUCUCUCCUCUCCCACCCUCACCUAAGUCACCUUCUUCCUUCUCACCAUUUUUAAUCGAUUUCCGGUUCUCUCUUCUGCAACUCUAUUUGCCUUAGAAGAGAAGGAAGUGAACCCCUUCUUUUCAGUCUAUAAUCAAGUUGGUGUUUUCUUGCUCAGCGUCUAUCCUACCAAACAUUAAAAAAGAGAACUACCUGUUUGUUCUUUGCUUUUGUCUUUCGGAGCAUGUGAGGACUGACAGAUUCUCCGGCUUCCUCUUCUUCUAUUUCUGUUUCAUUUCACUACUCUUCCGAGAGAAGAGUCUCUAUCGAUCGCUGUUGAUCGAACAAUGGCGGCCUAUUCGUCGAGGGGACGGAGCAGCUCUCCGUUCGGUUACCGGAAACCAUCCAGCUCUUACUCUUCCUCCUCUUCGUCGUCGUCGUUCAUGAAUGGUAGAUUCAUCCCUCGCUCGUGCUCAUCUUCGGCUUCAUCAUUCUAUGCUUCUGGCAAUGGAUACACAACCAGAUCCAUGACGCCCAGUCGAAGCCGCAGUGAUUCAAUGUACCAUGGGUCCAGGAGCUAUGAAAACCGUACUCCCGUCAGUUAUGCCCCGGCGGAGGAGCUCAUUGGAGAGACGGUCGAUACGUCGAGAUCGAGGGACAGUAUUUCUGUUACUGUUCGCUUUAGGCCGUUGAGUGAGCGGGAAUUUCAGCGCGGAGAUGAGAUCGCGUGGUAUGCCGACGGGGAUAAAAUUGUACGAAGCGAGUAUAAUCCAGCUACCGCAUAUGCGUUUGAUAGGGUUUUUGGACCUUCAGCAAAUUCUCAGGAGGUUUAUGAUGUAGCUGCACGACCAGUAGUUAAGGCUGCAAUGGAAGGCAUCAAUGGGACAGUUUUUGCUUAUGGGGUUACAAGUAGUGGGAAGACACACACUAUGCAUGGAGAUCAAAACUCUCCAGGUAUUAUACCAUUGGCCAUCAAGGAUGUUUUCAGCAUAAUCCAAGAUACUCCAGGAAGAGAGUUCUUACUCCGUGUCUCUUAUCUUGAAAUCUACAAUGAGGUGAUAAAUGACUUGCUAGAUCCAACAGGACAAAAUUUGCGUGUUAGAGAAGAUGCACAGGGUACCUAUGUUGAAGGUAUCAAGGAGGAAGUUGUUUUAUCUCCUGGACAUGCACUUUCUUUUAUUGCUGCUGGAGAAGAGCAUCGCCAUGUUGGUUCAAAUAAUUUCAACCUACUGAGUAGCAGAAGUCACACCAUAUUUACCUUGAUGAUUGAGAGUAGUGCACAUGGUGAUGAAUAUGAUGGAGUGAUAUUUUCUCAACUUAAUUUGAUUGAUCUAGCAGGGUCUGAGAGUUCAAAGACUGAAACAACUGGACUGAGGAGAAAAGAAGGAUCUUACAUAAACAAAAGUCUUCUAACCCUUGGAACUGUAAUUGGAAAACUAAGUGAGGGGAAAGCUUCUCAUGUUCCAUAUCGUGACUCUAAACUUACUCGCCUUCUACAAUCCUCGCUGAGUGGCCAUGGACAUGUCUCGUUAAUAUGCACAGUUACUCCUGCAUCUAGUAGCAUGGAGGAGACUCACAAUACAGUGAAGUUUGCAAGUAGGGCAAAGCGGGUGGAGAUUUUUGCUUCACGAAAUAGGAUUAUUGAUGAAAAGUCAUUGAUUAAGAAGUACCAAAGAGAAAUUUCGAGCCUCAAACAAGAACUUGACCAACUGAAGAAGGGGAUGCUUGCUGGUGUUAAUCAUGAGGAGAUUCUGAGCUUGAGGCAGCAGUUGGAGGAGGGUCAAGUGAAAAUGCAGUCAAGGCUAGAGGAAGAAGAAGAGGCAAAGGCAGCUCUUAUGAGUAGAAUCCAAAGGCUGACCAAAUUAAUACUUGUUUCAACUAAGAAUACAAUUCCAGGAUGCUUGAGUGAUGUACCAAGUCAUCACCGACGCCUUUCUGUCAGUGAAGAUGAUAAAUUGGAUGUUUUGCGUGAGGGUUCUCCAUUGCUUGUAGAAGGUGAGAACCAAAACUCACCAUCUUCUGCUCUGUCAGUGCCAUCUAUCCCCUCUUAUGAUGCUAAACAUAGAAGAUCUUCAAGCAAGUGGAACGAAGAACUUUCAUCAAUCAGCAGUUCAGUUACAGAAUCAACUCAAGCGGGUGAACUUAUCAUUGGGACUGCUGGCAGUUCAAGACUGCAAACAGGUGGGAUGACAUCGGAUGAGAUGGACCUACUUGUUGAACAAGUUAAGAUGCUAGCUGGAGAGAUAGCAUUCAGCACCAGUACUCUUAAGCGCUUGGUAGAGCAGUCUGUAAAUGACCCUGAGGCCUCAAAAACCCAAAUUCAGAACUUGGAAUGUGAAAUACAAGAGAAAAGGAGACAGAUGAGGGUCUUAGAGCAGCGUAUUAUUGAGAGUGGUGAAGCAUCAAUUUCUAAUGCAUCAUUAGUUGAUAUGCAACAGACAGUUAUGAGAUUAAUGACUCAAUGCAAUGAGAAGGGUUUUGAGCUGGAGCUAAAAUCAGCAGACAAUCGUAUCCUCCAGGAACAGCUACAGAAUAAGUGUUCAGAGAACAAGGAACUGCAAGAGAAAGUAGAGCUACUGCAGCAGCAGCUGGCUUUGGCUUUGAGUGAAAAAUCAACUUAUGAGAAGCGCUUCUCUGAAGAAUACGUCGAUGAGUUGAAAAAGAAAAUUCAGUCUCAGGAGAUUGAAAAUGAAAAGCUAAAGCUGGAACAUGUUCUACUUAUGGAAGAGAACAGUGGAUUGCAUGUACAGAAUCAAAAGUUGGCAGAAGAAGCUUCAUAUGCAAAGGAAUUGGCAUCUGCUGCUGCUGUUGAAUUGAAAAAUUUGGCAGGUGAAGUUACUAAGCUUUCAUUACAGAAUGCAAGACAAGCAAAAGAACUUUUGGCUGCUCAAGAUAUGGCAUAUUCUAGAGGUGCUGUCAUGCAAACCAGUAAUGGUAUUCGCAAAUAUGCUGAUAGCAAGAUCGAUGGCAUUAAAUCUGGCAGAAAAGGCCGGCUUUCUGGCAGGAGCAAUGAAAUGCUUGGGACAGUCUAUGAUGAUGUUGAAUAUUGGAAUCUCGAUCCUGAAGAUAUAAAGAUGGAACUACAGGCAAGAAAGCAAAGAGAGGCUGCUCUUGAGGCUGCCUUAGCUGAAAAGGAACUUGCAGAAGAGGAAUAUAGAAGAAAGGUUGAUGAGGCAAAGAAAAAAGAGGCAGCUCUGGAAAAUGAUUUAGCAAACAUGUGGGUGCUUGUUGCAAAGUUAAAGAAAGAGGGAGGAGCUAUUACAGAGUUGAAUGUUGAUGAGAGGUCCACCAAUGGGUCAGACCAUGGGAAUGAUCUAAAAACACAUGGCAGUGAGAACAAAGAUAUCAUCCUUAAAGAGAGACAGGUUUCUGAUGGCACAAAAAUGGUUCAGGGUGGUGCUGAACUAGAACCUCUGGUUGUUCGGCUGAAGGCCCGCAUGCAAGAGAUGAAGGAGAAAGAGAUGGAAUCCUUGGGAAAUGGGGAUGCAAAUUCUCAUAUUUGCAAAGUAUGCUUUGAGGCACCAACUGCAGCAAUACUUCUCCCUUGCCGGCAUUUUUGCUUGUGCAAACCUUGCUCACUUGCUUGUUCUGAGUGUCCUAUUUGUCGCACAAAGAUUGCAGACAGGAUCAUUGCUUUCACUUCAUGACAACUGAAUGAAGGAAUUUAUUUCUCCAUUCAGCCGUUUGUCAUUUUUCCAUGUUGGCUUGUACGUAGCUGCAUGAAAGGUAUUCUGUAAUUUCUCUUCAUCUUCUCGCUGAAGGCCUGUAAUAUAUGCUAAGAGAGGAAAAAGGAAAGAAAAACAAAAUGGAUGGGCGAUAAUUUUUAAAGUUCCUACUCCAGAUUUGUAAUCUGUUUUCUGUUACACCAUCUUGAUUCAUGUAUCUGUUCCCUGAAUUGUCAUCAUGUACAGAAGUACAACCAAAGCUUCUAUAAAGAAGAAGCGUUUUUUUCCUCUUUUUCGCCCAAUUUUUUAUGGGUACAAGAAAUAUUUAGCGAGCCUAUUUUUGCUCCUUUGCUAUUCUUUAUUUGUUUCAUAUUUAA